AUGGACCCCUGGGCCCCAGCCCGGCUGCCCCAGCCCUGGGAGAGGCAGUCAGCCUGGGGGCCGUGGGGAGAGGUGCACCGAGGCCCACCACCGCAUCCCGGGCAGCAGCUCCUCCGCCUGGGACACCCACCUCGGCCUGUCUCCUGGGACGGGGGCCACCCCCCCAGCCACUCCUGGGAUGAGGGCCAACAGCCCCAGAGGGAUGCUGCCCGCAGACCGGCAUCUCGGGCUGAGCGCUAUGAAAGCAGCUACUCCAACAGGCUGUACUCCAGGCAAGGAUAUGAAGACCCCCACUGGCAGUAUCCAGCAGCCGGCUAUGGGGAUGACUACACCUACCAAAGCCACAAGCGGCAGCUGGUGGCCUGGCAGAAUGACAGAGACCUGAGACAGGGAGAGUCUUACAGCAAGAGUACCAAUUACCGGGACCAGCACUACUACAGGGGUUACCAUCCCAACCUGGCCAUGACCACCCUGGGACAGGACAGGACACAGACCUAUGGCUCCUAUGAUAAGGAGAGAUAUGUCUCAGCUGCCCAGCCUGAGUGUGCAGGGGGAGAAACCCUUGACAGUGACUCAGGAGAGGCCAGCAGCCAGCUUCGAGAGCCCUCAGGCCAGCCCAGCCUGCUCAUGCAGUACCGUGAGUCGGGGCUCAGCUCCAGUGGCUAUGAGCUCAGCCAGUACAUCCGUGAUGGUGCUGACCACUACGACCCCACUAUUUCAGGGACGUGGAGCCUGGCACAAGCAGGUGAGCCCUUGAUGUCCACCCCAGCCCCAGUGGUACCCUUCAAGUUCUCACUGCCACACGUUGCGGUGUGCUUUGGAGCUGGAGGCCAGCUGGUGCUGGUGUGUCCCCACAGCCCUGCCGAGGGGCAGCUAGCCCACGUUGAGCUACACAGCCUGGAGGUAAUCCUUCAUGACAUGAAAGAGCUGAAGGAGCUACAGGCCUUCCCGGGGCCCCUGGUCAGGGAAGAUCUGCACAAGGUAAAUGUGAUGGCAUUCUGCCAGCAGAAGAUAGCCACAAGCUGUGAUCUCUCAACACAGAGAGGCAGAGAUUCAGCUCUCCUCUGGAAACUCCUGGUCCUCCUCUGCCAGCAGAAUGGGUCCAUGGUGGGCUCAGACACGGCCGAGCUGCUGCUGAAAGACUGCAGGCACCUGGAGAAGUACAAGAGGCAAAGCCCCAUGGCAAACGUUAUUGGCCUUACAGAUGAUGAGUGGAUGGCGCGUCAGCCGGGGACACUGGACCUCAUCACGGGGGAAGUCCCUCCCAUUGUGGAGACGCAGGCACAGAUAGUGGAGAAGUUCACCAAACUUCUCUACUAUGGCAGGAAAAAAGAUGCUCUGGUCUGGGCCAUGAGAAACCAGCUGUGGGGCCAUGCCCUCUUCCUUUCCAGCAAGAUGGACCCUCGAACCUACAGCUGGGUGCUCACCGGGUUCACCAGCACACUGGCCACCAAUGACCCCCUUCAGACCCUCUUCCAGCUUAUGUCGGGAAGGAUCCCUCAGUCAGCGCUGUGCUGUGGGGAUGUCACGUGGGGAGACUGGAGGCCACACCUGGCUGUAAUGUUGUCCAACAAGGUAGGAGACAUGGAGCUGAAUCACCGAGCCAUCAUCACCAUGGGAGACACUCUGGCUGGCAGGGGAGCAGUUGAAGCAGCUCAUUUUUGCUACCUGAUGGCAGAUAUUCCUUUCAGUUACUUUGAGGCGAAGGCAGACCGCAUGGUUCUGCUGGGCAGCAAUCACCGUCAGGCAUUCACUCAGUUUGCCAGGACAGAGGCCAUCCAGCGGAUGGAAAUCUUUGAGUACUGCCAGCAGCUACGACAGCGUGAAUCCUUUCUGCUUCCCUUCCAGGUGUACAAGCUCCUCUAUGCCUCUCGCUUGGCUGACUACGGGCUCCCAGCCCAGGCCCUGCAAUACUGCGAGCAGAUUGCCACUGCACUCCUGGGCCAGGAUCUGGCCAGCCACCCCAUCCUGGCCCAGCAAGUGAUGAAGCUUGCCGAGCGGCUGAAGCUCUCUGACCCUCUGCUCCAGGAGAUGCCGGAGCAGGACCAGAUGCUGGAGCCUGACUGGCUGGUACAGCUCCGAGCCUGCUGCCGGGAGUGGGAGGUGAAAGAUGACCCUGCUCCAGAGGUGACACCUACUCAGCCAGGGCUCUCCUGGGCUGCCGCAUCAAUGGAAGAUGGAGAGCCUGGCCCCGAGCUUCCGCCAAGUGAAGGCUACAAGUAUGACCAGUGGUACCAGCCUGUGCCACCCCAGGGACCCAGCUCCCACAAGGAUCUGUCUUUCCAGCCCCCAGUACCUGCUCAGGUUGCAGCAUUUCCACUGCUCAGUGUUGGGCAAGAGCUGCAGCCCCCUGUGCUUGGCCCAGGGAUGGCCACCCCUCCAGGAGGGGAUUUUGCUGAGCCCUCUCUGCAGGUGGUGCCACAGGCAGGAGAAGCUGGGGAGCCCUGGAGCACCCCGCUGUCCCUGGGGGGGGUGCAGCCAUCUCUCCCAGCAGAGCAGGAGGAGUUAAAGGCAAGGGCUCGGACCAUCUCAGAGAGCUCCACCAUCUCCUUGGAAGAUGACAGCCGACCUUCCUCAGAGAGCGCAGCUGAAGACACUGCUGAAGAGCCAACACUGACAGAGGCAGUGAAGCCGGGUGAGGAAAAGAGCUCUGGAUUCAGGUGGUUUGGCUGGUUUCGGUCAAAGACCACCAAGGAAACGUCUCCUAAAGCUGUGUCUGAGACAUCCCUGGACUCCCCCACACCGGGACUGCAGGAUCGGACGUCGCCAUCCCCGCCCGAUGCCCCUCUGACAGCUGGGACAAGUCCUUUGGCUCAAUCUAUCUCCAGAAACCCCGAACUACAAGGUGAAAACACUUUUCCUGUUAUGCCAGUGUCCAUUGAGAUGAAAGGCUCGUGGAGUGCAGAUGAUGGGGAGCCACUGGUGGGGACAGUACCUCUCUUCAACCCUGUCCAGGUCUCUCAGCUCACUGCUGCCUCUCGACCCAACCAACCCAGGCUACUAUCCCAGCGGCGCUACCCCCCUGCUCUGUGAUUGGAGAUGUCUGGGGAGGGGGGGGGACAGAAAUCAAUGCUG